UCCGUUCUUACCGUCCGCGACCCCAAAGUGACCCACAUUCGCCCCUCCCUUCCCCAAAUUCAAAACUACCCCAUCCUCGAAAGCUAGGGUUUUGUUUCCCCCUUCUCCUCUCCAACUUCUAAUUCUUGAUCUUUGGCUUCCCAAGAUCCGAUCUUUAUUCCUCCUCCGCCCGCCUGUAAACCCCGUUGCUUGAGUUCUCCCCAAAAUUUGUUCGUUAGAGGUUUCUUGGGUCGUUUCUUGCGGUGUCGGGCCCUGGAUCUGGUUUUUGUUGUCUUCUCCAUGGCCUGGGCUUCGGUGGAACCCUAACUCGGGAUUGUGGGGCGAAUUUUUAGUUGGAAAAUGGCCGUCGAAGAGAGGAAAUGUAAUGGUUUUGUGAAGCUGGAGGACUCGUCUGGUGAGGGUUUGAUCACGUACAAGAGGAGGAAGCGUGCUAGGUCAAGUUCAGAUGCUGGCCAGGUUUCCCACAUGCCUUUGCAUAAAGGAAAAAUUAGGGAUAUUGGGUGGGAGCAUGGAGUGAUAGUUGAUGGAAAUAGGUUUCACUGGAAAUGCAAUUGGUGUGGCUUGGUUAGAUAUGGUGGUGGGGUGUCUAGGCUUAAGCAACAUAUUGCUGGUACUUGUCAUGUUCAAAAAUGCCAAAAGGUUCCAGAAGACGUUGCAAAAAACAUGAUGAACCAUCUGAUAACAAAGCAAAAGGACAGAAGGAUGAAGAUAGCUGCACGCAAGGGUAUUGAUAAGAUGAAGUCCAAGUUUCAUCGUGAAGAUGAUUUAGUUGGUAAGGAUAAUGUAAAAGUUGACCUAGAUAUGAAGGGGAGGAAUGCCAGCCAACUAUCUGAGAGAGCCACUAAACAAUAUGGGGUUGCUAGUCAGCGGUCCAGGACUGCUACUCAACGAUCAAGGACAACUGCUCAGCUCUUUAAUAUUGGCAUGGCUAAGCAGGAUAUGAAUGAAGCGCAUGAUACAGAUUUGUACAGUAGCACCUAUGACAAAGAUGAUCAUGCUAGAAUAGAUAGUCACUGGAGACAAGUACUGGAACACUUGCUGCAGUUGUCAGAUAUGAGUGAAGGUAGUGGUAUUCAAAGCUGCAUCCGUGAUGCACUCAUUUAUGGUCCUUCUGGGUUCACGAGGGAAUUCAAGAGGGUUGAUUCUCCCAGGGACACUACACAACCAAAGGAUAGACCUGAGGGCCAUAAUGAAGUUAAAAGUCAGUCUCAGAUACUGGAUGGUUCUACAUCAGAUGUAUCAAAAACUGGGACUUCAGAUGUAAAUGCCAACACUAUAAAGUGCCAAAAUGUUUUCCUUGAUAUUCUUCGUUCAGAGAAAUUUGCUUUAUUGUGCGAUUUACUUUGUAUAACCUUGCAAGACGACAAGGGCAAAAGAUUUUUCGACUUUAGCUUGAUAAAUUCAAAGAUGAAAAAUGGGGACUAUGAGAAGUUGCCUGGGUCAUUUGAUCAAGAUAUACAACAGGUGUGGGAUAAGUUUCAAAAAAUUGGCCAAGAAAUGGUUCUUCUAGCAACUGGUCUUUCAAACGUAUCACGGGUAUCCUACCAGAAGCGGGUUGGACAAAACUUGAUUAAUGGGGCUAGUGAACAUAAUCCUGAGGAGACUUGUCGUGUAGUUAUUGAACAGAAGAAUUCUACUGAAUCAUACACGACAAUACAGUUGAUUUCAUGUGAGUCAGACCGUUCCACUAAACCAGAUCAAACUGAGGCCUCUGGUCUGUACAAAGUUUGCAUUUGCAAGAAGUGUGGUACUGAUGUGAAUGGUGACCGCAGCCUCAUCUGUGAUGGAUGUGAGGCAAUGUACCAUUACUCUUGCAUUGAGCCGGCUGUCGAGGAGAUCCCAAGUCGAAGCUGGCACUGUUCUGCCUGUCAUACAAACAAGAGGGAACCAUCUGAACCUGCCUCGGCCCAUACCCAACCAGACAGCUUGCACCAGGACUGUGCAGUCUGUAAUCAACUAGAAUUUUCGGAAACACAAGAAGAAAAUGAUAGUGGAAGCGGGACUGUGGUAGCUAAUGACUCCAGAGAGAGCUCAGUUUCAAGCAUGGAGUCUGACGAGUCACCAGAAAUGUCGGGGACUGCUAUGUCACGGCUGUGCAAGCUAUGUGGAACUUGUGAGGAUGAAGAUAAGAGAUUCCUAAUAUGUGGUCAUGCCCACUGCCCUUACAAGUUCUAUCACAUCAGAUGCCUGAAAACUAGUCAGAUAGCUAGCGUAGAACAACAAAACAAGCCUUGUUGGUACUGCCCAUCUUGCCUCUGUAGAGCUUGUCUCUGCGAUAAAGAUGAUGACAAGAUUGUCUUAUGCGAUGGUUGUGAUGAGGCCUACCAUACCUACUGCAUGAAACCGCCUCGUACUUCCAUUCCCAAGGGCCACUGGUACUGUGUCCCAUGCAAUGUGACCAGGGCAAAGGAAGGGAUGAGAAGGUAUGAACAAUGGAUCUUACAGCAACAUAGGAAGAACGAUGUCAGGCAAGCUAGUGAGGCCAAUAGAUCGAUGGAUUUGCUACUGAGCGCUGCUGAGAAGCUGAGGUCGGAAGAGCAGUUGGUAGCAGAGAACCAAGAUAAGUAGAUUACCCACACUGGUUGCAGCCUUGUGCUCUGCACCUAAGGAUUUUGAUUUAGUGACAGCCAAAUUAGGAAUCUUUUCUGUCUUCCAUAGAGAUGCUUGGGUCGUUCCUCUUUUCUUUGUAGCUUCAAUUAGAUGUUAGAACGAUUUAUCAUAUAAGAGUUCUGCCAAAGUGGAUAUUAUUCCUCAAAUGAGAAUCUUAAUGCCCGGCAUGCCUAAUGGCAGGAACUACUAGGGGAUAACAAGGGAAUUGGAAGAAGCUGUGCGCUAUGGAUUUUUUCUUAACACAGUCUGAUAACAGUGAGAGGAUCAUAUCUCCUUAUUCUUUUUUUCCCCUGAAAUUUUCUGCUGUUGCAACAAAUUGCUGUAUCUUUUCUAAAAGAUGACACAUCACCUUUGUAGUUUCCAGUAUAAUGUACUGAAUUUUCCAGAAGAGAUUGUUAGUUUUUUCUACUCA